AUGUUGCUGUUUGUAUGAUGCUUGAUUAGCGGCAACCAAACAAAUAGGUUACAUCAUUUAGGUAACAAAAAAAUCUUAAUGAGAAAAUAAGGUAAAUAAAAAGGUCUAAGAAUUAAAAAUCCCCCUUCUUGAGUUCCAAUAUUGCAAAAUCCAUCAGUUGAGUUCCCUAACAACUCAUGAAAUCGGGUUAUCAAUAUCACGAACACCCGAAAAUAAAAAUGAGAAAAUACAUAGGCCGCAGCUCGCGCCCUAAACUACGCUAUUUGCGUCAAGAAGAAGAUUGUGGAACGACAAGAAAAAGAGAGGAAAAAACAAUCUUUCGACUCUCGAAUUUUAGCGGUAAGCCGGGGAUAAACUGUUAGAGAAUUGGAUAAGUCUGUUUGCCUUUCGGGUUGUGACGUUAUGCUUUCUCCUUACCACGAUUUUAUUGUUUUAGGUCGAACUUGGCCCCAAAAUGUUCUCCAAGGCUUUUCUCCGUUCUUCAAAGGUAUGUUGCCUUACAUGUAUAUGCGCUUGAUAUGCGCAUUUCAUGUGAAUAUUGUGAUCUUCAUAGGCUUUGUUGAGGUUAAAGUUUGAUGUAGUGAAUCUCCUAAAGUUUUCGAAAUCUAUCCGUUUCUCUUUCAGACACUCCGAACAUCUGUUCGGACACUUAUGCUUCAUGAGUAUUGCGGAGUCACCUUACUGCAGAAAGCUGGCAUCAAUGUUCCACCCUUCGGUGUCGCCCAGUCAGCCGAGGAAGCCUUCGAAAAGGCCAAAUCAAUCGGUGUGUUGAUGAUUGUUUUUUUGUAUUGUAUUUUUAGGUGGUAAGGACUAUGUCGUGAAGGCUCAAGUCUUGGCCGGUGGCCGCGGAAAGGGAAAGUUUGAUUCUGGAUUAGAAGGAGGUGUCAAGAUCGUUUACACGUAAGUCUUAUUACCAGAAUUUUCCGUGAUGCAUGGCGAAAUUUUGAGGUCUCGUUUAAUCCAAUGUAUUGUAGACCUGAAGAAGCUCGCGAAGUGGCCAAAAAGAUGAUAGGAUAUCAUCUCCAAACAAAACAGACUGUUGGAGAAGGUCCGCUUUGCGAGAAGGUGAUGAUCGCCAAAAGAUUGUUCACCCGCCGGGAGUACUACUUCAGUAUUACGCUGGACAGGAUUACAAACGUUGGUUUACACUUUUUUUAUUCUUGAUUUGACAAUUUUAGGGGCCCAUCCUGAUUGGAUCUUCCCGAGGUGGUAUGAAUAUUGAAGAAGUGGCGGCCACAGAGCCAGAUGCGAUCAUUAAAGUGCCUAUUGACAUUAACACCGGUGUGACCAAGGAGAUAGCCCAAGAGCUGGCCCAGAAGAUGGGAUUUGCUGUAAGUUUAGGAAUCUGUAGAGGAUAAGAUUCUUUUAUAAUGGUUAUUUUAGGAAGCCUCCAAGGAUCAGGCUGCGGACAUUAUCCAGAAGCUCUACAACGUCUUCAUCAACUCUGACUCUGCUCUUUUGGAGAUCAACCCUAUCUCUGAGGACGUGGAUGGUAAUGUUGUCUGCAUGGAUUGUAAGGUCAAUCUCGACUCGAACGCUGCCUACAGACAGAAGGAGUUGUUUGCAUUAAAGGAUGAGAAACAGGAAGAUCCUCUAGAAGUGCGCGCUUCCAAGGCUGACCUGAACUAUAUUAGACUUGACGGAAACAUUGGCUGUUUGGGUAUUAUUUUUUAUAGAUUUGUAUUAAUCACUGUUUGUAAUUUUGUACUUCUGUUUUAUUGUUUUUUUAGUGAAUGGAGCCGGUCUAGCCAUGGCGACCAUGGAUAUCAUCAAGUUGCAUGGAGGAGAGCCCGCUAACUUUCUUGAUGUUGGUGGUGGCGCUACUGUGGAUCAAGUUACCGAGGCCUUUAAGAUCAUCACUGCUGACAAAACAAAAGUCCACGCAAUUUUGGUCAACAUUUUCGGUGGAAUUAUGCGCUGUGACAUCAUCGCUCAAGGCAUUAUCAAGGCUGCAACGGAACUGGAUUUGAAAAUCCCAAUCGUCGUCCGUCUGCAAGGUAAAUAGCAAUACAACUGGGGCUCCGAGUGGAUUCAUUUUUUCUUCAGUCGUGCUGCUAAGCCAAGUUUUUAGCAAAGACAUUUUUGCUGCGUUGUUCAGGGCCAAAAUUUUGCACAGUGCGAAAAAUUCCGUUAAUGCGCCGCGUAGACGAAAUUUUGGUCUAUUUUUGGCCCUGCGCACUGCACAACAAAAAAAAUUAUGGCUGAAAAUGAUGACUUAAGAGUAUGACAGGAAAAUUUUGAAUCUACUCGGAACCCCGAUGUACAUAUAUAUUAUUUCGAGACAUGUGACCUGUACGUUUAAAAAAUUAUUUUAUAGGAACACGAGUCGAAGAUGCCAAAGCCCUGAUCGCCAACUCCAAAAUGAGGAUUCUGGCCUGUGAUUCUUUGGACGAGGCAGCAAAGAUGGUGGUCAAGCUCUCCUCCAUCGUCGAAUUGGCAAAGGCCGCCUCAGUGGAUGUAAAAUUCGAGCUCUCGAUCUAA